CCUACCCUUUCCUACAUUCCCUUCGCUUCUUCCCACACAUCCAUUGAUAACUCGCAGGAGGAGAGAGAGAAAGAAGAGGAAAAAAGUAGAGAGAGAAAAUUCCCGAGAGAGAAUUCAAAGACCGAAUCGAACUUUUCCGGAAGAGGGAGGAGAUGAAAAACUGCGAGCUCUGCAAGGCCCCUGCUCGGACUUACUGCGAAUCGGACGAGGCGAGCCUCUGCUGGGACUGCGACGCCAAGGUCCACGGAGCCAACUUCCUCGUGGCUCGCCACUCCAGGACCCUCCUCUGCCACGCGUGCCAGACCCAAACCCCGUGGAGAGCGUCCGGUGCAAAGCUCGGGCACACGGUCUCCGUGUGCGAGGGCUGCGUCGCAGGAAACCGAAACAAAGAUGAAGAGCGGGAGAGCCAAGGAGGUAAUGAUGAUGAUCUCGAAGAAAAUGACCAUGAUCAGUACGUGGAUGACAUAGUUGAUGAUGAGGAGGAUGACGACGACAACGGUCAUGGUGAUAAUUAUGAUGAGGAGGAGGGAGAUAAUCAGGUUGUACCGUGGUCUACGCCGCCUGCGGCGAGCUCUUCAAGUAGCGAAGAAGCGUCGGUGACAACGUUGGCGGUUAAGCGAAUGCGUGAGAACGGUUUAGAUCUUCGAAACGCUAAGCAGGACGAUCUCAGCCGUUCUUCAACUGACCAACGGGAGAACGGCGGGGCGUUGACGGCUCAGGCUGGUGACGGAGAGGCGACUUCUGUUGACUCAAUGAGGCCCCGGAAGAACCGGAGGACAGAACCGGUUCGUUCGGUUCAGGUCGAUGGCGGUGCGGCAUCAUCUUCGACAAUUAUUGGGUCGCUCAGGAGAAUCCGACGGCGAGAUUAGUGAAGAAUAGGGAGCUGUCGACUUGGAUUCCUCGAAUACUGUUAGCUGCCGAUUAAAAUUAACCCUCUUCCUAACGACAGUGAGUUGUUUGACAAAUGAAUGCAUUAGCUAAUAUGUAAUACUAAUUAAUUUAGACGGUUUAUAUAUAUGAUAUUAAGGAGGAAUGGGGGAGACGGAGAUUGUGGUUGUGUUGCAA